AUGAAACGAGUGUCGAUAAUGAAUUAUUAUAAAAGAAAAACAAUUAGAAAUUCUGCACAGGAUGCAAAAUUUUAUACACCUCCUGAUUCACCAACUCAAGAAUAUGAUGAUGAUAAAUAUGAUAAAUAUUCUUCUUUUUCCGAUAAAUCAUCAUCGAUAUCGCAAAAUUCUAACAAUAACUCAAAGGAUAGUCUAAAUUCAAAGGAAGGAAAUAACGGUACUACAGCGUUUGGAGGCAUUUUAGUUACAACCAUACAAGUUGUAGAAAGAUUAUCAAUUCAAACUAUGAAAGAUAGAAGAAAAUCAAGAAUUUAUAAUGACAUUGUGAUCAGCGAGUUAAUUCAAGAUUUCGAUGAAGCACAAAAAAAAUAUUCUGAAAUAAAAGUUGUUCUUACCAAAUCAAGACCAAGAUUGCCAUUGGUUAAAGCCCCAACUUCAAAUCCUCCUCACUCAAACGACCCUACCGAUAUGGAUGAAGACUUACCACCUAUAAAAUAUCAAUCCUAUCCUUGGGUACCAGAAAUCAACAUCCCUCCAAAACUCAUUCAUGCAAGCCUUGUUCCAUUGUCUAUUCAUAAAGAACUUGGAUCAACUCGUCCACUUGUUACCAGAAUCGCUAAAUUGAAAAUAUUAAACCGUAAUUCAUCUAAACGAUUAUCAAGGGCCAACUCUAAACGCAAACAAAAACGCGUAUCUGCUAUAAUACCACGUCAACAACGUGCUUCACAAAUAUUCAGACAGAAUGUAUUGGAGCAAAGUGUGUUUUUAUCAUUUAAUGGUAAUGUUACAACUGGUAAUCCACAAUUUUAUCCAACAAGGAAAAGUAUAAUAGGAGAACGAGAAUUAAAAAAAGAACGGCGUAGAAAAGAAAAAAAGAAAAUAAAUAAAACUUUAAGUGAUGAUGAAUCGGGAGAGAUUGACGCCUUAAAUCCAAUCAUUAUUCAAAAAAUUUUGGAUAGCGAAGUUUUAGAAAAACGUAUUAAAGAAGAUCUUCUCAUAAAGCAGAAAAUGAUGUCUCCGAAACCACCACCAAGAAGAGCAACAACCGAAUUACAUUUAUCAACUGAAAUAAAUCAAUCGAGUGACACCACUACCGCCGCUCAUACUUUUAAACGUCACAAGACCACGAAUUCUCUAUUAAUUGCUCCCUUGCCUGAUAGAAGAUCCGUUAAAUCCGAAUUAAAUAACAGAUCAUUAUAUAAUUCAAUAGAUUUUCCAACAUUUCCAGCACAUUUAUCAAGACAUUCUUAUUACACAGAAACCUGA